AUGUUGCAAGACAUCAAAACCAAACAGCAAUUAGCUAGCGCUUUACAAUCUCAAUACCAAUCCUCAGAAACAGCUUCAAGAAAACCCGCCACUGGAGUCGACCCUGGUACAUCCUCAAGAACCAAGAUCCAAUCCAAAGCAAUGGACAUGGCAUCCAACAUCGGGUUAGGUUCCGGUUCCAACACGUCCAAUCAAGAUCACGUUAUUGUUGUUGAUUUUUUUGAUGAUUGUGAUCAUUGCUCACAAAUGAAUUCGAAAUUGGAUGAAUAUUCCAAUUGGUACCAAAAUCAAUCGAAGCCGGUUGAUUUUUAUAAAGUGAACAUUGAUGAUAAGGAACUGAAGUCGUUUGCUAGUGAAUAUUCAAUCAAUUCAAUUCCAACUACGUUGUUUUUUAAAAAGGGAAAAUUGGUCGAUAAAGUUGUUGGAUCAGAACCCGCUGAAAUUAAAAAGGUUUUGGAUAAUGAUUUGUUGUAA